AAGAAAAAGUAUAAGUAAGAGAUUAUCAAGAUUCACUAUUAUUAAUUUAAAAUGAUAAGCUUAAACAGUAAUUAAAAUAGCAAUAGUGUCAAAGUUUUAUGCUCAAAUUGCAAAAAUAGAGCCUCAUAUCCAUUAACGCUUCAUUGUUAGCAUUAGAUCUGCUUUAAGUGUGCUGAAAAAUUAAAUAAAAAGGAAAGGAUUGAAGAAUUAAAUACAAUAGUGUGUCCUUCAUGCAAGGCUGUUACUUAAACAUCGAAUAUUUAUAAUUUGAACCAAGAAAUUGCUAAAAAUAAUAUUGAAUUAAAAGAAAAUUAUUUAUUAAAUGCUCCUAACAAUUAAUAGAUUAGUAGUGGUAAUGUUGGUAGCGAAUAUAGCUCUAAUUUAAGCAAGAGUAAGGAAUAGGAACAAGGGUAUUACAUAAAUAAAGACUUUUAAACUUUAGAUUAAGAUUAAUAGCCAUAAAUGCUGCAGAACGAAAUUGCUGAUGAAGACUUUUAAUUUCAAAAUAUACCUGAAGAAGAUGAUUUGCAUUUAAACACCUUUAACUAUUAAAUAUAACAAAAUUAAGGGAAUUUUUCAAUUUAACCAAUAGAUACUAACUUAUAAUAAAACUAAAGAAUAGAUUAUGAUCAUUUUAAUUAAGUUCAGUAAACUAAAAAUUAGGAAUACCAACAGGAUGACUAGGUAAUGAGAUUGAAUGAUUUAUAAUAGGAUUUUGCAUAAUCAUAGCUUGUUGAAAACUAAGGUUAGCUUGCAUAAAAUGAACUGCAAAGUUAACUCUUAGAUAACUAGUUUGAUGAAAAUAGCUAAUAAGAGUUUUAGUUCCAGAAGAGCGAUUAGCUUCACAAAGAAAUGUUUAAUUAGCCAGUUACAAAGCAGUAAUAGUUAUUAUACUACGAGGAUGAUAGUUUAAUUCAGUUACAAGAUAAUUUGAAAUAGGGAUUUAGCAGUGGAAAUGCCAAGUAGAGUAUUAUGUAAGGAGAGAAUUACUUGAAAAAGAAAUCUGUUCACAAUAACCCUUCCAACGAUAGUAGAACAAACCAAAAUUAAACAAGCUCUAUACAAAUUCGUGUUUCUAGCAAUAAUCCACAGACUGGGAUCAUAAUUAACCCUCAUUAUUAUCCACAGCAUGCCAGAAAUAAUGCAAACAGAUUUAAAUAGCUACCUGAUAAAAAUAACUUUCUCAAGAGAGAAUAAGAUAAUACAUAAUAAAGUUCAUCAGACUUUUAAAUCUUUUAAUCAAACAACAAUAACAAUGUUGUGAAGUUUCCAAAUCAUCAAAAUAAGCAGUAACAAGAAUAUUUAGAAAUAGAGAGCAAUCUAGAUUAAAAUAAAUAUUAGCCUAAUGUUAUUUAAAAAUUGUAAUUUUCCCCUGAAAAUAAUUAGCAAAUAGACUUUUAAUAUAAUCAAUAGAUUUAGGAAUACUAAAAUAAUUUAAAUCGCCAAAAUCUCUUUUUGCCAAAUGAUGAGGGUUAAACAAUUAUGGUUGAUUAAAUAAACUCUAAAAACCAUGAAAAUAUUAAUAAUAAUUAGCUGGAAAAUUCUGAAGAAUAAAAGAAUUAGUAUUUUUCUAGAGAUUAAUUCGAUCAUAAAUUUUAUCAAGAUGGAGCUGAGCAAUAUUCUAUAAACAAUAACGACAGCUAGGGUCAAAUCAAUCAUAUAUAGAUAGGUCCUUAAGUAAUUGUAACUAAUGGAGCUGGCAGCAUUAAUCCAGAUAAACCUCUUGUUUGUAAAGAACAUAAUGACUAUGUUUAACUCUAUUGCCAAGAUGACAAAUCUCUUCUCUGUGUAAAUUGCUUGUAUUAAAAUGAUAAGCACAAGAGACACAGAGUAGCACCACUCAAGCGCAGUAUGGAUUAAAUAAAAAAAGAAAACUAACAAUUCAAACUUGAGGCUAAAGAGAAGCUUUAGUUAAUUGAAAAUUCUUUAAAGAUUUGUAAUUCUAAUAAAAACAUUUUGAAAGAAGGCUAUUCAUACUUAUGCGAAAGUGUGAGUAGAGAAUUCACAGAAAUCUAAAAAAUUUUGGUUGAAUAAGAAAAAAAAAUUCAAACGUAGAUUUAAACAAUAUUUGAGGAAAGAUUGAAAGAAUACGACCAGAUGCUAAAUGAUUUACAUUAUCUAAAAAGCUGCAUUAGAGAAUAUAAAGAUUGUGAUAAAAAUACAAAUUAAAACUUAACCCUUUAUGUUUUUUCGAUUUACUCAAUGAUAAGAAAUACCUUGAAAAACAUUGAUUUUUCAUUUAAGUAAAUUAAUAAAAAUGAUAUUUACAUCUGUGAUUUCAAAAAUAACAGAAGCACUAUUAUUUAAGAAAUAUAAUCUUUUGGAAAAGUAAUUAAUGAUCUUAAUAUCAGAGAUCCUAAUACUUCACAAAAUGGUCAUUCUGCAUAAGUAGGAUCUCACACUUCCUCUUCACAAAAACAAAACGCAGUUAUUUCUCACAGUAACUCAAAAGCAAACUUUGACAGUAAUAAAAAAGGAAAUGUAAAUAACAAUUAUUAGGCUAUUUAGCUAGGAUCUUUAGCUAACUCUGCAUCAAAGUCUUAAAUUUAAUUGUUAACACCAGCAUAGAUGAACUAAGCUAAUUUUUAUUAACAAAAUAUGAAUUAACCAUAGCAAACUCCAGUCUAAAAAAAUUAACCUUCAAAUUAGAAAUCUUCAACAACAUCUCUGGAAGGAAAUAGAAUCUAGCAAAUUGGUAGUAAUUUUAUCAGCUGCAAUCCUUUUCCAGAAUAAAAUUUAAAUCAGCAAAUUAAAAAUCCUAAAUCAAGAAAUUAGACUCCCUCUCCAUAUAAACACAAUUAAAAAUUAGGAUAGUAACAGAUGAUCGUAGGGAAAGACUUAAUAAAUAACAAUAAUAUCUAAUAUCACCGAGAUUUUCUAGAUGUACAAUUUGAGCAUUGCAAAAAGUAAACUCCAAGAUAAAUUUCUCACCAUAACUCAAAUUAAAAUUAAUAAAAUUUAUAGUAAUAAUAGCAACUAUAAUAAAUAUAAAGCUAGCAACAGUAAGCAUAAUCUGUUUUACAAUAAUAAGGAAUUAAUACACAUUCUUCUUCUUAUGCAAAGCUGAUAGUAAGCCGUAGCACGAAAUUUUCCAAUAAAAAACAAUAAUAGGAAUGCUUCAAAGAAAUAUAAAAAUGCCAAACACCUCCACAAGAUCGUAGAAUGAAUGACUUAGUAAAAAAUAUUUAAAAUGUAUCUUAUUAUGCUUUACUUGAAGAAAAAUUUAAUAAAAGAUCUAAAAGCUCAUAAAAAAAACCUGUAUUCAAUUAGAAUUAAUUUUUAUAAAACAAAUGAUUUCUAUAGAAUAAAUAUAAAUAUAUAAAAAUAUGUACAUAUAAUUUUUAUUUUAAAUAAAUAAUGUUAUUUCUCAUUUAUAAAUUUAUAAAAAACUAACUUCUCUAA